AUGCAACAAUCAACGCGAUGGAAGGCUGCUGCUAACCUUGAUUUGUUGCUAGGUAUUCACCACCCGGCUGCUCGCAUCGUCAGGGACUAUACCGCCGGGUCGCAAAUCAACGACGGGGGUGUUGUGGAUGCACGGAACAGCGUUAAUUUUAGGGACACAAUGUAUUGUAACCGUCAGGACUAUGGUAGCAACACCACGCGUCGUCGUUUAGCAGGUUACUAUCGCUACAUGCUCUCAAAAAUUAACCUGUGGGAGGCGGAUGGUGGGGGAGUGAUAUUGAAAGGUGAAGAAGAAAAUCCUACCGACAUUAAACAAGAGGAAAGGGACGACGUUCCUUCGUUGCAGAAGCCGAACGAAGGGUCGUUGUAUCGCGCCCGAGGUAUUCUGACGCAACUCUGCAGCCCCUUAGCAACUGAGGAAGAACUUCUUCUCCCAUGGGAGUUUUUCCCCAUAGUGAAUGUUGAUGAUGAUGACACGUACGCUGCUCCGAUCCGGGCCAUGACAAAAGAUGUCGCUCCUACUGGCGGUUUCCUUCGAAUAGAGAAUGAGGAUGAUGACGAUGGCGGUGCAACCGGAGGCGCAACUGAUGCAAGUGGCGGGGAAGGCGCAUCAUAUCACAGGAACAACCCUCACUCCGUGUCGAGGUUAUCUCUUUACACACGUUUAACGCCGCAGUUCACGGGCCUUUAUUCGGGUAUGGUUGUCGGUAUUGUUGGUGAGCCGUUUAAGCGCAGUUCGUCGGGGGCGCUAACUGCAGUGCUUGUUCGUCGAUUUAUUCUUCCCUCACGUCCCCAGUUCCCAUGGGGAAUCGAAAGGCCUAUACCCACGGCGUUGUCACACUUCGCGAUCCCUACGCGCAUACAUUUCUGUAGUGGGCCGUUCCCUCGGCGCGAGACGGGCCACAUAUUAAGCAGUGUAACUCUCAACGCUCUUCACCGAGGCGCUGAUCUCCUCAUCAUUGGUGGGCCUCUUGUAAGGGAAUUCGAGGAGUACGAGAAGGACUCACUGAAGUUGCUGCAACUUACGUUCGACGAGCUACUUUCUUCGUACAUGGAUACCAUAGAAGAGACUAUGGAGAAGUACUAUGCUUCCAGCAAAAACCCACGCACUCGGGAUCGAAUGAAGGUGGUUCUGGUGCCACACAGAGAUGACGUUACGCAAAUCCCGGCUAUCCCUAUCACAAUGUACAGCUUGGAGAGUACCGAUAGCAUUUGGGUGCGUUCGAACCCAUGCCGCAUCGCUGUAAACGGCAUUCACAUUGGCGUGUGCAACGACGAUGUUGUCGGUGACAUGCGAGAGAAGAUGGUAGAGCGAUGGCCCACGGAGUCGGGAAGCCUCCGUCGCGUUGUGGAAGCUCUCGUCCAAAGUCGUUUGUAUGCCCCACUUUAUGAAUUUCCAGCGGUGAAGCAUGAUCUACAACAUAUUGGGGCACUUCGUUUGGACUUUCUUCCGCCUAACCCAGAAGGACGUUUACCCAAGGAGGACAUCAGCACAUCUGCUCUAACUUGGGAUGCAGUUCGACUACUUAGUGCAGCGAGUGUCUUGAAUACUUUGGAUAGUGAUGGCGAUACGAAGCAAGAGGCUAAGCGAGUGAAACAGGAGGAGGAUGACCAGUUGGUGUACCCUACUAACUUUAGUAAAUGCGGGGAGGAGGAUUCUACCGUUGAGUGGAUGCCCCAUUUGUUGUUCCUUCCCUCAACACGGCCGCGUUUUGCCUUCGUAACGCAUCAGCAUAAUGAGGAAGCCCUUGAUGAUCCAGCAGCCGCAUCUGGUGUUAUGGUCGUGAACCAGGAAGUGUGGUGCCGACGAACGACGCCGCGAUUUGAGCUACGUGUGGCCGAGGUUACGGUUGAAGAUAGCGAGCGUGUUGUGUGUCGUGGUGCGUCUGAGGUGAAUGGAGUGGUAUGUGGCGUCAUUCAUUUUACUAAUAUCGCCGCCGCUGCGUGA